GGGAGUUGUGGGUUCCUGGGUCCCGCUGAUUCCUCGGGAGCCUGAAUUCUCCUUGGGAACAGGCGUCAUCCUUUGGGGGUGCUGCUGAGUGCCAGCAGUGCUGUGUGGCCGGCUUUACCCCAGGCGUCCUGGGUAAACUCUGCAGGGCCAAGUACAGAGGGGGACACCAAGUCUCUGGGUGGUGGGGACCUGCCACUUACCUGCGAAGUCAACAGGAGCCUGGCUCCAGGCAGGGCUCUUCCCACGGGCCCAGGCUCACCUGCCCACUGCCCCUGACCUGGGUGACCUGGGCCAUGGCCUCUCCCACCCACCCUGCUACAGCGUGUUUGCAGGUCCCCAGGUUGGCCUCUGAGGUGUUCUCAUGGGACCCUGCUCAUAUUCCCUACAAUGUAACGGCUUCGUCUAAUACCUGCAGCCAGGCCUGGCGGGCGGGCCCGCAGCAGACAAAGCCCAGGUCUGCCCAGCUCCCACCCGUGGGAGUGCCCGGUGGGAAACUCGUGGUGCCGGGGACCAGGCCCUGGGCAGCACUGGGGGAUGCAGACAGGGACCAGGACCCCUCCUGCGCCGGGAGCUCAGCUGACACCGCGGCAGGAGGUGGGCAUCCAAUCCACGCAUCCCCGCCCCCAGGUGGGGCAGCGCACAGCAUGUCUGCAGGUGGCAACCACUCGGAAGUGACCGAGUUCAUCCUGGUGGGCUUCCCGGGCUCGCUGGGCCUCCACAUGGGCCUGCUGGUGCUGUUCCUGCCGGCCUACCUGCUGACCGUCACGGAGAACGUGCUCAUCAUCGUGGUGAUCCGUGCCAGCCCCCUACUGCACAAGCCCAUGUACGUCUUCCUCGGCAACCUGUCCUUCCUGGAGGUGUGGUACGUCUCCGUCACGGUGCCCAAGUUGCUGCUCAGCCUGGUGGCGCCCGAGUUCCGCCGCAUCUCCUUCGCGGGCUGCAUGGCACAGCUGUACUUCUUCCUGGCGCUGGCCUGCACCGAGUGUGCACUUCUGGGUGUCAUGGCCUACGACCGCUACGUGGCCAUCUGCAGCCCCCUGCGCUACCCAGCCAUCAUGAGCCCCCGCCUCUGCAGCCUCCUGGCCGCUGGCUCUUGGCUCUCGGGCUUCACCAUCUCCGUGGGAAAGGUCUUCUUCAUCUCGCGCCUGGGCUACUGUGGCCCCAACGUGAUGAACCACUUCUUCUGCGAUGUGUCCCCACUGCUGAACCUGGCGUGCUCCGACAUGUCCGUGGCGGAGCUCGUGGACUUCCUCCUGGCGCUGCUCAUCCUGCUGGGGCCGCUGCUGCUCACUGUCUCCUCCUACACCGCCAUCAUCAGCGCGGUGCUGCGCAUCCCGUCUGCCGCCGGUCGGCACAAGGCUUUCUCCACCUGCGCCUCACACCUGACCGUGGUGGUCAUCUUCUACUCGGCCUCCCUCUUCAUCUAUGCCCGGCCUCGCGCCAUCUACUCCUUCGACCUCAACAAGCUGGUGUCCGUGGUCUACACCGUGCUCACGCCCCUGCUCAACCCCAUCAUCUACUGCCUGCGGAACCGGGAGGUCAAGGAGGCCCUGCACAGGGUGGUGCAGGGGGCGGCCCAGACCCUGGGUGCCUCGUCCUAG